AGCUCACAGUCAGCUGCUGCUAUAGCACUGAAAUCAUGAAAUCAUGAAAUCACUCUGAUCUCAGUCUCUGUGGAUGAAAUACUCGUUAACAUGAAGAAAGGAACGUUCAAUUUCCUGGGUCGGAAGAAUCCAUCUCUAUUCGACACCAAUGUGGAAAUCAGGGACAUGGAUAACACGGAGCUGGUGUUUAACACAGCUGCCAUCCCAGAAUCUGGAACCGCCAAAGUGCGCUCCCGUCCAACUGUCAAACACUUCAUGUCGCCUGAGAGUGCGCAUGGCUUUGCAGUUCCAACUCCCAUGGUACCGGUUCUUCCACCCUUCAGUGAACCCAAGUUAAACGGUACAGGAAGUACUACAAACCUCCUAAAUGGAAGGAUGCUUUCUGUCCCUGACCUACUCGAGGGGGAAAUACUUAUACCUCCUCCACCGAGCUCCGCUCCUCCACCCCCUCCAUCAUCUUCAGCCCCACCUCCUCCAUCAUUCAUCCCUCCCCCACCACAGUUCUUUGGUGAAAUGGACACCUCUUUAGAUUGUGCAAGCCUGGAUCGCCCUCCAGUGGCACCCCCAAAACCACAAUCACUUACCAGUUCCAAUUACAGUGCAGAUUUGGACCUGGCCUCCCUCAAACCUCCUCCAAUGCCUCCUCCAAAACCUCCAUCUGAAACUUCCAGCCUCAGAGGUUCCCUCCCUAGCCUUGAUGUCCAAGAUGUCCCAGAAUGCCCCAAGUUCAACCCACCACCACCUCCUGUUAAAACAUCACCUGUUCUUGAAAAAGCUCAGAAAGCAGCACCUCAAAAACCCAUCCGAGUGAACUCCAUACCUAAUCUGGACGUCCAAUCCCAAACUCCUGUGCCACUUGUUGCUUCCAGCCAAACACCAUCUAGCUUCAACCCUCAGAACACAGCUAAACUCUACCAGGUGCAGAAGAGCACACUACUUAGUGGACAGAUAGAUAGGGAAAAAAAAGUCCAGUCCAUUCUGCUGCUGGAAGAUUCAGCUGGAAACACAGUUGGUGUAGUAAAUGGGAAUAGUGGGAAAAAUGCUGAAUCAUUCCAACCAGGCGUGCCACCAACAAAACCAGCUCGUCGGAACAGUUCUGCCACUCAGCUAAUGGAUGACCAGCCAGACAUGGCACAAGCUCCAAGUGAACAAGCCAAGGUAGAGCCCAAAAUCAAUCCUGAGCCUGUAACACCACAAAACAUCCCCACUGAGGUACCAGCACCAAUCGAAGUCUCACCCAAAAUAGAGAAAAGAAUACCUGAUGUUAGGCAGGUGAUGACCCCAGUUGAGUCCCCUAGCAGGCCGCGCAAGAACAGCCCUAUCUUGAACCCCCGACAUCUCAACACACGGGGCGCAGACGGCUCAGUAAAGAAAGAGACCUCCAUCUCACCUUUCGCCUUGCUGAUGGCUGCAAAGGAAAGAGAAAGGCAGAGAACUGUUCUGUCCCAACGGAACAGCAACUCAGCAGAGCCAGUGACUUCUGUGAUCCAACCUAGUGUAGAAAAACCAAACUCCUUCACAGUAAUUCCUCAAGAGCCAACACCAGACAGUCCCAAUGCACAAUUAAAGUCGACCACAAACACGCAACCACUCACCUCACUUUCAACUAAAGUCGACGUUCCACAUGUGUCCUACUCAAAGCCAGAGCUAAGCUCAACCCCUCUACAAAGCCAAAUGAGCAGCUCUGUUAGUGGUCUGGGUGUCCCUGUUAAAGAUUUGAAAUCUGGAGAAGACUUGGUCUUCAUUCCUCCACCUCCUGAAUUUGCCAACACGGUUUCUGAGGAGGAACCUCCAGUUCCCCCACCAAGUCACCACGCUCCUGCUCCGCCUGUGAAAAGUGCCCCUCCACCUGCUAAAACCUUCUUACCUGCUACACCUUCUCCAAUUACCAACUGCCCCCCACCAAGUCACCCGGCUCCUGCAACCCCUGUAAAACUUGCCCCUCUGCCUUCUGAACCCUUACCUAUUCCAAUCACCAAUGGCUCUCUGCCAGGCCACCCUGCUCCUGCUCCAACACCUGCCAAACCCUCUCUACCUCCAACACCUCCACCUAUCACCAAUGGCCCCCUCGUUCCGCCCAAACCUAAACCACCUAGCUGUCCUCCCAAGGCCCCAGGACCUCCCCCAAAUAUCCAAACUCAACCCAAACCACCUUUUCAAACUAAACCUACUCAACCCACUGCACAAGUGCCUCCAUCCGUCUCUGCUAGCCAGGCGACACUUCUCAGUAUCCUGCAGAAGAAGAUGCUAGAGAUGGACCCCAAAUUCUCAGCUGUCAGGGAACAGGAGACUAACGGA